GGUUCCCGAAUGAUCGUUUGAUUUGGUGUUGGCCGUUCAGUUUGCGUUAAUCAGCUCUAGAGCAAAAUGCGCUUUCGGGUCUUUUUCUACAUUCUCACGCUGACGCUGACAGUUCUGACCGUGAACGCCGCUCCCCUUCUUGGACUUGGAAAUGUAAUCGGUGGCGGAACCGGAAGUGGAGGCGGACUACUCAAUAAAGUUCAAGAAUUCGGCGAAAGAGUUUACGAGAAGAAGCGAGACUUCCUGAAUGGAAUUAACGAAAAGGUUUCCAAUAUACUGUGGAUUCCACCGUUGCCCACUAAAGUUUCAAGAGAAGAGGUGGAACACUUCAAUCUUCCAGCAGCCCAGGACCACGAUCGUUUGAUAUUUUCGGAUACUGGAUCCGACGAAGGAUACACGGAACCAAAUUUGGCAAUUUAUGCACGUAGCAGUUUUCUAACUCCGGAUGAUUUGGAAGAUCGAAACGGACCCCAACAGACUAGACCAAACGUAUCGGUUAACGUGAAAAAUAGCUUCAGUUUAUUUGGCAAAGCAUGAUCUUAAACGGUAAAAAACUGGAUCGAUUCAACAAAACUUAAAAAUAAAGGUGGAUGAUCACAACCUAUCAUAUGGGUGUCCAUCGAGUCGAAUGGAUCACUUAAAUCACCCUUAUCCUGAUGGAAGUUCAUUUGAGGAGCUGGAAAUAAGAAAAAAACAUUAAGAUUCAUAAAGCCAUUCGAUUUUUCUCGAAAACAAAUCAAAACUUACCGGGUCGAACAGCUACAAUAAGCACUAUCAAAAGUGCACAACCAAAUAAAUUCUGCAUCGUCCCAACAAAAAAUAUCGUAAACAAAACAGCUCAAAGUGUGUUGAAUCAACCAAACUGCAAAAAAACCAGCCGGAUCAGCAAUUUUUUUCAAACCCGUCAGUGACCACAGACAGUUCGAUCGAGAAUACCGCCAUUGGAUCGAGUGAGUUGCUUUGUGUUCUCUGCGGAAUGAUUUGUUUCGUGAGUUUUUUUUUUGUGUGUUUCUGCUGCCAUUCUGAGAGACUUCAUGAUGAUCGUUAUCAAUGGAAGGGAUCAUCACUGAGUGAGGUUCAAUCUAUUUUAAAAAACACAUUUUGUUUCAAUGUAGCUCGGUUCAAGAUGAGUCUAACUGAGGCAAACGGGUUGUACUAAAAAGCGUCAUUUGAAGGUGGGAUGCUAGAGAUGGAUCAGUGGCUACAAUAUGAAUUCAAUUUCGUGCUCCUGAUCGAGUAUAGCUUAAAUCUUUAAGAUGUUGUUACAAGAUUCUGUAUAUAGUUUUAAAGUGUUUAGUUAAAUAUCUCGUGAAUAAGUAUAAUUUCACAUUUUUGAAGGGUCAUAGGAGUAUAAAGACAAAAAUUAUCAAUUUCGAGGUUUUGAUUCCGAAUGAUUGUCCUUACACACCAAGAAGCUCGAAACGUUCAGCAAUCUAAAUUUUUGCUGGAAACCAGCUUACAUGAUUUGGUUGUUGUUUUUUUCAGCACUUGAGCCGGAUUGCUGGAAAGUAAGCAAUCGAUCUGUCAAACUUAGAGUUUUUGUUAUUUUUGCUAGUUCAAUCACACCAAGGAUGGAGCUUCGAGACUAGGUGCACAGCUUGGUGCCACGGAUUUUCAAUAUUAUAAAAUUCCAAUCAAAUUUAUGAAAAUGAACAAACUAUAUUUACAUUAAUCAUAGCUUGAGAAUAAUUAGCAUUUUGAGAAGGUAAAUUGACAUUGAAAAUUAAAAGAAAAGAAAAUGCCGAUUGUUUUUAAAUCAAAAAACUGAUUUGCUGCACUCAAGCAUGCUGAUUUCCAGCAAUUGAGUUUACUGAUUUAAUGCAGUAUCGUAAUCCGGGAUUUUUCGAUUAUUUUUUCUGUUAAGGGGAAUGUGGCAUGUUUCAUAUUUUUAAAACCAGUACUGGACUCCUUUGAACCUAAAACAUGGUUGCAGAAAAUCAUUAGACUACUUUCAAUUUGAUUUAAAAAUCGAUUUCGUCUCUGUUUUGAAUCUGAUGCUUUGGGGUAACAAUGGACAGUCUCUGUUUUCGACGGUUUUUCCAAUUUUUCUUGAUCAUAAAGGAUACAAAACACCUUCAUAAUAUUUUCAAAUGCUAGUUUAUAAAUUUUACCUUGUUUUUUAAUGUUUUCUUUUGAAAACAUUUAUAAUCGAAAAAUGAACUACUAUGUUGCAUACAUUCAGGGGCAAAAAUUUAAUUAAUUGCUAAGUAGUUAGAGCUACAAAAUACAAAUUAAAUUUUACCUUCACACAUUCCUGUAGGCCCUUCCACUAUUUCCAUUUUCAUUUUUUCUUCAAAGUUAAGUCCAAUAUGGGUUUACUCUUGGAAAAUGUCCUUAUUUUUUAAAUAUCAAAAAUUUAUCAAUAAAUGACUAUAAAAAUCGCACUAUAAAUACACAUGUACAAAGAAAAAAAGUGGUUCUUUCGCUUUCAACAACCCGUUUGCAUCUAAAUGCUUUUUGGUAUCAUCAGGAGAGCUGUUUGUUUUCGUUUAUUAGUUUUGUCGUUUAUUAGUUUUAAAAAUCCACUUGCACGUUUUUGCAACAAACGCUCGUGAAGUUGAUUAAAAAUAAAAUUUAAAGUUGCAAUAAAUUGACUAU